AUGGCGAAAAUGUCACCGUUUUUUACCCCCUCUUUCCUCCUCCUUGUCUCGGUCGUCAUCCUCCAACUCUCAGCUGUGAUUUCCGCUGUCCGUAUCAACUCCAGAACAUUGGCGAACCUUCCACAGCAGCAAAAAAAUUUAGAUGCACCGAGCAGCUACCCGAGAUGGUGUGUGCCAAAGCAGGAGACAACAGACGCACAACUCCAAGCAAAUAUUGAUUUCGUGUGCAAAAUCAACAAGAUGGAUUGUCGUUCAAUCUUCCCUGGCCCUGAGCGUCAGUGUUCACAAGAUACACUGACGAUCAAAGCUGCGUACGCCAUGACCUCUUAUUAUAUCAGCAAAGGUCUCACUGGGGACGCUUGUAGUUUCAACGGUAGUGGCAUCGUCACUACUGAUGACCCACCAGCCUCUUAUACAUGCGCCAUACCUCAAGGAAUCCCGGACGCGAAAUGGUGUGUGGCAAAGCAAGAGACAACAGACACACAACUCCAAGCAAAUAUUGAUCUUGUGUGCAAAAUCCACGGGAUUGAUUGUACAUCAAUCUUCCCUGGCCCUGAUGGUUUAUGUUCCAACAGUACAUUGAGGACGAGAGCUGAGUUUGCCAUGACCGCUUAUUAUAUUAGCAAUGGUCUCCUUGACCUCGGUUGUAACUUCAACGGUAGUGGCAUCGUCACUCCUAACCCCCCAGCCUCUAAUACAUGUGGCAGGCCUGAUAGAAUCGUCGACGCAAAAUGGUGUGUGCCAAAGCAAGGGACAACAAGCACACAGCUCCAAGCAAAUAUUGAUUCAGUGUGCAAUACCCACUAUAUCGAUUGUAAAGGCCCUGAUGGUUCAUGUUCCAAAGAUACACUGGAGACGAGAGCUGCUUACGCCAUGACCGCUAAUUAUAUCAGCAAUGGUCUCAAUGAGUUCGGUUGUUAUUUCAACGGUACUGCCAUCAUUACUACUACAUCCCCAAGCUCUAAUACAUGCUUCAUACCUGGUGGAUUGUAA